CGCCUCCCGCCUUCCUGUGAGGCCGCCGAAGAAGCGCGAAAAUUCAAGGCGGCGCCCGCACGUUUCCCGCUCGCUGAGGCGCCCAGCCCGGCCGCCCUCCGGAGACUGAAGGCAGCAGCGCCCGGCCGUCGCCCUCCCGCCGCCCCCUUUGGACUCCGCGGCUGGACGGACGGGCCCCGCUGCGGCAAGACAUGGCCGGGUGGCGGCGGCGGCGGGUGGCGCUGGCGGAGCCCGCAGGCGGCUACUCCUGCGUGGCGGUGGUGGCGGCGGCGCUGGCCCUACUGCUUUUGCAGCUGCCCGGCGGCAGCCCGGCGGUGCCGGCGCAGAACGACACGGAGCCCAUAGUGCUGGAGGGCAAGUGCCUGGUGGUGUGCGACUCCAGCCCGUCCGCCGACGGCGCCAUCACCUCGUCGCUGGGCAUCUCCGUGCGCUCCGGCAGCGCCAAGGUGGCGUUCUCGGCCACGCGCAGCACCAACCACGAGCCGUCCGAGAUGAGCAACCGCACCAUGACCAUCUACUUCGACCAGGUAUUAGUUAAUAUUGGCAACCAUUUCGACCUGGCUUCCAGUAUAUUUGUAGCGCCAAGAAAAGGAAUAUAUAGUUUCAGUUUCCACGUUGUGAAAGUAUAUAACAGACAAACUAUCCAGGUAAGCCUAAUGCAAAACGGCUAUCCAGUGAUUUCAGCUUUUGCUGGAGACCAAGAUGUCACCAGAGAAGCAGCCAGCAAUGGGGUCUUGCUCCUUAUGGAAAGAGAAGACAAAGUGCAUCUCAAACUGGAGAGAGGGAACCUCAUGGGAGGGUGGAAAUACUCUACCUUUUCUGGCUUCUUAGUCUUUCCGCUAUAAAGGGUUGUCAAGGAGAAGCCUGAUUCAAGCUGGAACAAGGAUCAAAUCAUUUUGGGAAAAAACAUACACACACAAGAUCCCUCCUCCCUCUCCCAGAACUUGGCUAGACUUGCCAAUAAUUCCAGCCACCGAGUCAGACUGCCAUCAGAGAAUAAUGACAAACCUUCUUGAUGCCACUGUUUGCUUUGACUCUUGACUGUUCCUUGGGAAAACCUGCAGCCCCGAUUAGUUUUAGAUGACAGUGAUCUUUAAAAGAAACGAAAUUAUCAACCUGAGCAAUUUGUACCUGUGAUUGUAAAGUCAAUUUUGGAUUUUAUUGUUGGGAUCAUUGACUUUCCUCCCUUCAUUCUGUUUCUGUUCCUGUCCUGAAGAAACAUGCUUAUUGGGACCACAUAAAAGUAGUCCAAGGCUUACCCCCAAAGCCAGAAGAAUCAGAUAUCCAAUGAAGUGUUCCUGUGAUUCUUUCUCUUUUUGUGUUUGUAUAGCCUUAAAAAUAUACCAAGACAAAAAUAAGAAUGGCUUCAAUUUCAAACCUGUAUCUUCUGGGGAAGGGAUUUUUUUUUUUUGACAUUACUGUGUCAAGAAGUGCUUUAUCCAGUGAAGCAAAUUUUGCACGAUUGGAAACUACUUUAUUUUGUGUUACUUGUGUUUUCCAUCAUCAUUUCCCCCCUCUUCUGACUCUUUGUGCUAAAGAAGCAAGCUAGAUCGAUCAAUAAGAUAAAGCAAGCAUAUAUAUACACCCUUUAACUUGCAGAGAAACUAACCAGUGAACUGUUCUGCUUGCACUAUUCAGCUGAUCUAAUAGAAGCAUUUGUCGAGAUUGAGGAAGACAGUGCACAAUCUGAUCCUUGAGUUACAUUCUGGAAAGGAAAUGACAUUUCUGAAUUGGUCUGACAUUUCUAGACGCUGUUCCAGAAGGCUGUGAAUAUCUUCUUUGAACAUACCGUAAAUUAUUUCUUUGCAUUACUGGGAGUUCUUUGGUGCUUUCCUGAUCUUUAUUUGAUGGAUUUAAUUACUAAUGCUUGAAUAUGCAGUGGCUUGGCCUCUUUGAGUGUUCCAACAAGUUAUCUUCCCUUCAAAUUAGGUAAAAACAGAUUUGCAGUGAACUUGCCAGGAUCAAAUUUACAUCAACAGUUGCUGUUAGUAUGUGUGACAAAAUCAGGGACGUCAAAAAGAAAGAAAGAAAGAAAGAAAAUGCUCUGAAAGCUUACGAUGGUUUUAUGUGGUUUAGCUAUGAAUACACCAGAAAUUGUAUAUUUUAUUUUAUUUAUUUUAUUGAUGCUUCCCUGUUAGCAUCCAAAGACGUUUGAGUUUUCUUAAUCCAAUACUGUAUACCACAAAGGUCAUUGAUUCCAAAUGAUAAAAGAAGAAACCUCAGGUUGAAUUCCAAUUCACCUUCUAUGUGUCAAUGUAACCAAAAUGCUGAUGAACUUUAGAUUCAGAAUAAAUGGGGUUC